CUCUCUCACUCAACUCUGCCCUUCAAAUAAUCUUCAAAAAUAUGUCAUAAUUAAAACAAAGAAUUCAUGAGUCCACAAUGAAACUCAAAAAGCAGCAGACUUCAAGAGCCCUCGGCUCCAGCGAGGACCCGAGCACAGUGUCCGGUCGGAGCCUCGGCACUUGCUGUAGCCGGAGGCCCGUCUCCAUGGAGACGGCAAUCGGGCCCCACCCACUCCAUGCAGUUCCGGUCACGUGGCUCCCGCACCGCCCAAUCGGCGCCCGGAGCUGGCACGCUCGCGAUUCAAACUGCGGGUCCGCUGGCUGGCGCGGCCGAGGCCGCUUCUGCGUGCGGGGCCAUGGAGCACCGCAUCGUGGGGCCGGGGCCGUACCGGGCCACCAAGCUGUGGAACGACACCGUGGAGCUCUUCCGGGCCAGGAUGCCGUUACGGAAGCAUCGCUGCCGUUUCAAGAGCUAUGAGCACUGCUUCACGGCAACCGAGGCUGUGGACUGGCUGCACGAGCUGCUGACGCACAGUCAGAACUUCGGGCCCGAGGUGACUCGGAAACAAACGGUCCAGCUGCUGAAAAAAUUCCUAAAGAACCAUGUCAUUGAAGACAUCAAGGGAAAGUGGGGUCAGGAAGACUUUGAAGACAACCGUCACCUCUACAGGUUUCCUCCUUCGUCACCUCUGAAACCAUAUCCAAAAAAGCCCCCAUACCAAAGGGAUGUUAUUAAAUUCCCAGAGUGGAAUGAUCCUCCACCGAGCACUUCACAAGAGAAUAUCCCAGUGAGGCCGCUCGUGAUGAAUUCUGAGAUGUGGUACAAACGUCACAGCAUCGCCAUUGGAGAGGUGCCAGCCUGCCGACUGGUGCACCGCAGACAGCUGACCGAGGCCAAUGUGGAGGAGAUCUGGAAGUCAAUGACACUGUCCUAUUUACGGAAAAUCCUUGGUCUCGACUCCUUGGAAGACAUUUUAGACAUCAAGCUCGUCAACGCCAAGUUCAUCAUCCAUAACGUGUACAGCGUCAGCAAGCAGGGAGUCGUCGUCCUCGACGACAAGUCAAAAGAACUUCCUCAUUGGGUACUGUCAGCUAUGAAGUGCCUGGCAAAUUGGCCCAACUGUUCAGAUUUGAAACAGCCCAUGUACUUGGGAUUUGAAAAGGAUGUAUUUAAAACCAUAGCAGAUUACUAUGGUCACUUGAAGGAGCCUUUACUCACAUUUCAUCUUUUUGAUGCUUUUGUCAACGUAUUAGGUUUGCUGCAGAGAGAGCAGAUGGCGGUCGAAGCCUUUCAGAUCUGCUGCCUGCUGCUGCCUCCUGAGAACAGGAGGAAGUUACAGCUGCUGAUGAGGAUGAUGACCAGGAUCUGCCUCAACAAGGAGAUGCCCCCGCUAUGUGACGGCUUGGGCACGAGGACACUGAUGGUGCAGACAUUCUCCCGCUGCAUCUUGUGCUCCAAGGAUGAAGUGGACUUGGAUGAGUUACUGGCUGCUAGGUUGGUGACGUUUCUAAUGGACAAUUACCAGGAGAUCCUGAAGGUGCCCUUGGCUUUGCAGACCUCCAUAGAGGAGCGUGUGGCUCAUCUCCGAAGAGUGCAGAUAAAAUACCCAGGAGCUGAUAUGGACAUCACUCUGUCUGCCCCAUCAUGGUGUCGUCAAAUUAGCCCAGAAGAGUUUGAAUACCAAAGAGCAUACGGCUCCCAGGAGCCGCUGGCAGCCUUGCUGGAGGAAGUCAUCUCAGAUGCCAAGCUCUCCAACAAAGAGAAGAGGAAAAAGCUGAAGCAGUUUCAGAAAUCCUAUCCUGAGGUCUACCAUGAACGAUUUCCCACAGCAGAAAGCGAAGCACUUGUGUUUCCUGAAAAACCCAAGCCCAAACCACAGCUGCUAAUGUGGGCGCUGAAAAAGCCUUUCCAGCCGUUUCAGAGAACGAGGAGCUUCCGGCUGUGACCCUUCCACUUCCGCAGCGCCAUGGGCCAGGGGCCUCUGUUGGUCUGGAGACAACACGUUCUUCAUGAGGAGGAUGUUGGUGUUGGGAGAGGGAAAAAUAGACUACUGAAAUCUAAAGACUAACGUUAAAAAAAAAAAAAAUCCUGAGCCAUUAUCAGUAUUUCUGUAGAACUCGAGUUGUUUUAAAUGUGUACAAAUCAAUUAAAAAGAUGCAAGUCCACAUCUAAGUGUCAAAUGAACAUGUUUAUAAUUGUUACACAAUCUGCUUCAAGUAUUUUACCAUUGAUUUUUGUUGCUCUCUUGGUGUUUAUAACAGUUGUGUGUAUAUCUUGGGUGCCAAUGUCUCAGUUAUCACCAAGUCCUGGGUGUGACAUGCAGUCUUGAAGAAGACAGACACAGGAUACUGUUAACUCUGAUGUUGUUGGCUUCGUGGCAGCAGUCAUUUCUCCUGUGUACCUUACAGUUUCCAUUAUUACACAGAAAAUGUCAGUGUCUUAAAUCCUGAUGGCUGAGCUGGAUGCUAGAACAGGCAGAUGCUAGGGCCGAUUUUCCUGGAGAUGGUUCCUUUAGAACGUGUCUGGGAGUUGCCAUUUACCUGUAAGUGGAAUAACUUUUCAUCUACCCACCAGGGUAUAAACUCACUCUUGGCUAAAGCUGGAAGGUUGAACUGUACAAAGGCUUAGAUUCCUUUAGUCCUAUGAUCUGUGUGUGUGUGUGUGUCAAAUCUGCUUUAUUUUUGUAAAAAUGAAUAUGAGCUAAGUAAAAUGUGAUUAUUUUCUUUAUAAAUAUAUUUUUCCAUCUUCUUCAUCCCUUUCAAAGUAAAUGGAAUGGAAUGUAAAUAAAUGCUGGGGUUUUGUUCUGUG